AUGAAUGAUAACGUUGGCGGCUUUUACCAAUCCAUCAGGAAUGAAUACGGAGGAGACAUAGUGGAACUGUUGAAGAUGUGGAGUAACACCAACAAGAAAUUGUCCGCGGUGAGGAAUCGAAUAGUCUUUCUUCUCAAAUGCAGGCAGAAGCAAAUUUCACCUAGUCAUAUUGCUAAUAAUUUUAAGUUUUUACAUACACUUAAAGCUGACAGAAAUCCUUUUUUUCGUGAUAUUGAUAAAUUAAUAUCUAGGUUUCAAAAGUCAGUACUUAAUGUUGAAAUUGACAUCACUAUAUGGAAGAUCAAAAAACUCGAAUACGAUUACAAUACCAUAAGGAAUAAAUUAGUAACGUCUAUUCCGCCCCAGUUGUUUAACGCAAUAUCUGAUAGAUCAAAAGAAGACUACAACAAACUGUUCAAGCUGAUAAGAGAAAGGAAUUUGAAAAAACUCGGUGAUCUAUGUAGAGAGACGGCCACAUUCAAAAGAGGGAUGCAUGAUAAUUUUAUUUUUAACUAUACAAAUGUAAUUUUGCCAGAACCCAUCAAAGAUACUCUGUGUGCGGGUCCUAAAUUCGCAAUACCUAUUUCCCCAAGAGAAUGUCCUAUACCUACGCUAAUCAAGGACAUCGAAUUCUGUAUUGGUGAUCAAGUUGAAUUAACCGAAGUGGACAAAAACGUUUUAAGAGGCAUAACCACUAACAUCUUGACCAACUAUUUGGCUCGAUCUGCUAAUGAAGGUCCAUGUAUGAAACAGACAUACCUAAAUUAUGUAUUAACAAGUAGGUUCCUCAAACAACAUCCGGAUUGCAUUGUUAUGCGAGCUGACAAGGGAAACUCCACAGUUAUCAUGUAUAGAGAUGAGUAUAUCCCAUAUAUGGAGAAUUUAUUGUCUGAUACAGGAACAUAUAAAAUAACGCCUAGUGACCCAACAAAUAAAUUUCAAACUUUGGCCAAUGAAAUCGUGAAAGAACUUAGGGAUGUGGGCGCCAUUGAUGAAAUGAAAGCGAAACAUCUGAAAUGUCGUAACUCAGUUAUUCCAAAAUUAUAUGGCCUUAGGAAAACUCACAAGGAGAAUAUUUCCAUUAGACCUGUGGUCAGCUGUAUAGGUGCUCCAUCAUACAACCUGUCCAAAUAUAUUCAUGAUAUUUUAUCUCCUGUCACUACAUCAUUCGAAUACAAUAUAUCGAAUUCCAAAGAUUUUGUAGACUUCGUCAAGGAAAUUAGAGUACCUAAGGAAAGUGAAUGGGUGUCACUCGACGUUGUAUCGUUAUAUACUAAUAUUCCUAAACCCCUAGUUUUGCACAUUAUAAAGAAACGAUGGCAGUAUAUAUCUGCAUAUACAACAAUUCCACAAAAUUUAUUUUGCAAAAUAGUUGAGUACAUUUUUGACUCUAGUUACUUCUCCUUUAACGGUGUAAUAUAUGUGCAGAUUGAUGGCGCAGCCAUGGGAAAUCCGGCUAGCGGCACACUAGCCGCCUUGGUUAUGGAUGAAGUAAUAACGAUAGGCUUAAGAACGCUGACCUUUGAUGUCCACUUCAUUAAAUUAUAUGUAGAUGACACUAUUUUCUCAGUUCCGAAAGGGAAAUCUGACGAAUUACUCCUCAAAUUCAAUAACGUUCACCAUAAAUUGCAAUUCACCAUUGAACGUGAGUCCGAGGCAACAAUACCAUUUUUGGAUAUACUGUUGAUUCGGAACGAAGAUGGAACUAUAAGCACCAAUUGGUAUACCAAACCCACCUCGUCUGGUAGAAUGUUGAACUACCGAUCACAACACCCUACAUCCCAAAAGAUAGCAACGAUAACAAACUUGAUGUUCCGUGCUAUUCAUUUGAGUGAUGAAAGAUUUCACAGAGAAAAUGAACUGAAAAUAACUGAAUUACUAACAAAAAAUAAUUACCCAACAACCUUGGUCAAACGUGUUCUUAAUCAAUAUAAAAGGAAAGUGCUCACUGAUAACGCAGGCUCGAGAGGUGAUGAACGAACCAGAUAUUACCGUUUUCCUUAUAUACAGGGUUUAUCUGAAAACAUGAGUAGAGCAUUACAACAAACCAACCCUUCUAUUAUACAAGACUGGCUUUCUAUCCGCUGA